GCUGGCGCUUUGCUAAUACAGGUCACGAUACUGACUUCCGUGGACUGUCGAUUCACAUGCUUUCAACAAUCGGAUCAACUCUCCAGCUAUUAAAGACCACCCUCGACCCACCGAAUCCUCCAACUAUCCAACUCUAACAACAAUCCACUCCUGCAGUUUACCUCCAGCACAGACACAUCUCAAAUCAGACUACACAACAUAUCACACCUCAGCCCUCCGACCUACAUCCACAACCCCUUCGGUGCAUGUUAGAGCAUCUAAUCAUGAGGGACACCCAAGCCUCCAAGCCUUCUGCCUCGCUCAGUGGAACCCUGGCGAGAGAGCCGAGUACACCCAAGCGUUCGAAGAUCAAGAAGCAACAUCCUACUCGAGCUAUCGACAGCGGACGCGAAGAGACCGACGAAGAUCCAUCGCCCCAUGCUCAGCCACCCGCUCCAACUCCAUCGAUCAAAUCCGAGCCUGACGAUGAAUCCACAUACUCGACGGAUGAUGAUGACGGCCUCGAGCAGGAGAUGGCUGGUGACACAUCCGAGCUGUCGUCUAUCUCGAAUGAUGACAGAGUUCGUACAACCGAGAUCGCUGAUGUCAUAUCAGUAUUAUCACUCUCCACGCAUCGCAUCACCGAAGCCGACCCUCUCGAGGACGAUUAUUUGAGCGACGACGAUCUCAUUGAAGAAGACGCCAAGAAAGCUGAGGGCUACUUGAACAUGUCCGCUUCGGAAAAAAGAGCCUGGGAAGGCAAGCGAGCCGAAACUUUCUUCAGAGCAGGAUUCGCGAAGCACUUUGAAUGUUCUAUACAUCUGCUGGAAGAGGAGCAUUGCACCACUCAUCAGGAAUACUACCCUUCGAGAUGUGCCGCUCGUCCUGUCGUCUCCUGCUUCUUCGGCCACAACAAGAACGAGUGGAGCCAGAUUGUCAAGAGCGUACGAGUGAUGCUGUGCCGCAAAUGCUACCAGCGCCUAGAUCACAAGCACAAGCCACAUCUGGCUUCCAUCCAACUUCCAGUUUGCCAAGAGUUGAUCAAUAGGCUGGAGAGGUGGCGUCCUGGCUGUCACUUCAGGAUUGGAUUAACCAAAGCCAUGUCAGCAAAGCUGGACAGAUUCAAUCUUGAGGUGGCGUCUUGUGGUCUUACCAGACAAGAAGUAGCAGCGGCCAUUGAUGCCAACAGACCAAACAGAAAGGGCGCGGAUAUCGACAGAGCAGAGAACACGCCAGUACUGUUCGCAAUUGAGCUCAAGAACCGCUUCGAGGGGGACAACAAGACAAUCGGCGAUGUUCGUGCUCUUCUCGACUGGCUGGCUGCCAAACUAGCAGACGGUACAAUCGAGGAUCUACCAGCAUUUGAGGCACUCUUGAAAUUGAGAUCACAAGACAAGCAAAAGCUGUUGGCACAGCAAAGACGCCGUGCCACGCUCAAGAGUUCAAGACGCUCACUUGCUUCAGCAGACAAGGUCGAGGUUCGUCAUUCGCGCAAGGUCUUGCCUCUGUCAGAUUCAGACCAUAUUGCGGAGACAGCAGACACGCCUACACCUGGCCCCUCAAGAGCAGCUUUUCCAGCAACGCUGCCUCCCGCACGCACAUUCAAAGCCAUCAAUGUCCCCAUCGCCUCCAGUUCUCGUACGAGUCUGCUAACUGCUUCUGGAAGCGAUAGUUCCGGUCUGGAUCUACUCUGCACCGCGGCGGACUUCGUCAGAGAUGGCUCAUCAGGGACCGAUCCCUUUGUGUCCAGCGUUCCGCCCGCUCGAACCCAGAUCAUGCUCAAGUUCGGCAAGGGAAAGAUGCCCGUCAUCACCAACCCCGUCACUGAAGCUUCACAAGCACAGAUUCCCAAGAAGAGAAAGCGCAUCACUAUUGUUGUCCGUGAGGAUAGCAAGGUGCAUGAGGACACAGCUCUUGCCACCAAGAAGGCAAAGCGUGCAAAGGCGGUUCCGAAGGAAGCAGCCAAGGAGGCAGCGCAGGAGCAGUCGCCUGUUAGGAAAGUUGUUAACGCCCAAACAAUCGAUGUCGGCAGCAACGAUCAAGCUUCAUCAUCCAGAGAAAUGGCCGAGAAAAAGAUCGAAAUCAAGAACGGCGCCACUCAUUUGGCUUCUUUGACCUUCAGCGGCAUGAAAGUCGUCGUCGACUUUGCACCCGCUUCUUGAGAUAUUCAUGAGCGAAAGGCCUUGCUCUUUCAUCCUCCUUUCUUCUUCUUUUUGUUGAUGCAGAUAUUGGCAGGAAAAGUCUUGUCCUGCUUCUUCCACGAUAUCAUUGUUUUGUUCUCUGGUCUGUGGUAUGUCUGAACGGAGACACAUUUGUUAUAUCAGGCUUUGUUUCUCCUUUCGGGCUUUAUGGUAUGCGGGUUAAGACUGUUGAUAGCUGAAC